ACCUAACAUUCAUUCUUCUCAUAACACAUAUACAGAUGCAGAUACAUACAUAAAUUGAUGUUUCGUUUUCAAGUACAAAUCUCUUUCAUUCUCUGAAAUUCCUGGAAUUAAUAGAAUGGCGAAGACUGGAAACAAGAACAUACAAGCCAAGCUGGUAUUACUUGGGGACAUGGGAACGGGCAAAACCAGUUUGGUAUUAAGAUUUGUGAAAGGCCAAUUUUAUGAUUACCAGGAAUCAACGAUUGGAGCCGCAUUCUUCACUCAAGUUUUGUCAUUAAAUGAAGCUACAAUAAAGUUUGAUAUAUGGGACACAGCAGGACAAGAACGGUACUAUAGCUUAGCUCCAAUGUACUACCGUGGUGCAGCUGCAGCUGUUGUGGUGUAUGACAUCACGAGCAUGGAUUCAUUUGAACGAGCUAAAAAGUGGGUUCAAGAGCUGCAAAGACAAGAAAAUCCAAACUUGGUUACAGUUUUGGUGGCAAAUAAGGCUGACUUGGCAACAAAAAGACUAGUGGAGAAUGAGGUAGGGGAGCAAUAUGCUAAAGAAAAUGGAUUGCUUUUCUUUGAGACUUAUGCAAAAACUGCACAAAAUGUCAAUGAGCUUUUUUAUGAAAUAGGUGAUUAUAUCUCUUAUCAUUUGGCGUUAAGGCAAAGAGAUUGGCAAAAGCUUCCCCUUCAAGGCCGGCAGGAAUGAAACUGCAUAAUAGAUCACAAGAAGCGGGAAGAAGGGCAUUUUGUUGCUCCAGCUGAUACCUGAACUCGGUCAAGAGAACAACUGUGAGUGAUUUUCCUCAUUUUAAUCCCUCACCUUUUAUCUGAAAGUUCAUCUCUUGCUGUGGUGAAAUGAAAAUUAUAUCUCAGAAUUGAAAAUCUAUGUUACAAAAUUCUCAUGCCAACCGUUUCCUCUUUUAAUAGGUAAUCCGGGAACUUUUGAAAUUCAUUUUUUGCUGAUCCAAGUUGAAAACAUGCAACACUUUGUAGGAGCGGUGUCUUACCGAAUAUUUGUUGCAUGUAUGUUGUAUCUUGAAAUAGCUUUGUGACAAUUGAAUUAUUUUACAUGCUUAGUUAUGUGAAGGAAAUGAAAAUGGAACUCAAAAUGAAAAUCAAUUGUUGAGUAAAGGCAUGAUCAUGGUGCAUAUACUUAAAGACUGGUUGAUGAGAAUGAUGAGUUGAAAUAUUAUUUUA